AUGAAUCCACAAAAGAAAGUAUAAAUUUCUUCCUUCAUUUCUUUGUGACUUUGUCCAUGAGGUUCCAAGAGGCUUGAACGGCUGAGCUGACGUUGCAGUUGCCCAGCACGCCGAAGAUGGCCGAAGAUUACCGGAAAAGUUCGGAAAUUGCCGCCAAACGAAAUUGCCUAACUAUUUUCUCAAAAUAUUUGAAUGUUUCUUUGGAAUAGCGCUUAUUUUUUCAAUAAACAAAUAUUGAGAGUAUACACUACAAAAAAACUUACCCAACUUUAUGAGUUCUUUGUUUACAAGUUCUGUUUCGGUUGGAAAUGAUUAAAUGAAUGAAUAAUCCUUGUGCAAUCGCACUAUCUUCGGAAACGUUCGGAAUUUGACCAGGUUGCCGUCUGAAAGUCUUUAACAAUGUUGAAACUUGUUUGAAAAGGAGAAUUACGCCACUGAAACUUCUGUCUGAAACCAAUUUCUCUAUUUAAAACGCCGUAUAAAGCUGUUUUUUCCUAAAAAUCUUUAUAAAAUAGACAAUACUGUAUGGACCAAAGUGCCAAAAGUAAACAAUGAAAUGAAUGGUGUUUCCACUGUGACAAAAUUUCGACACUUGCUUUCCUCAAUUUUCAAAACUUGCAAAAAUACGGGGACCCUGGGUACGAGGUUGCAGUGCAACAAUGAUUGACGGUGUAGAUUUAUUUAGAUUUCACUUAGGCCUUCAUCUUUUCCAGUCGAUUCAUCGUCCUGGCUAGAAAUACUUUAAAUUUCAACCUUCGACAAGCAAAAUACAUGUUAUUAAUAUAGAUUUUAUACUUAAAAUGAAUUUUUUUGUACACAAAUUUGAAAUUUCUAAGCCGUCUCGCACAUGUCUCGAACUCGCGGGACCAGUGCGAAAUUUUCCCGCGUCUUGAUUGGAUGAUGCCUACGCAUGCGCUACGUUUACCCGAGUAUCAAGUUAUCGCGCAUGCGUUUGUUUCAAUGGUUUCGUAAACACCGAGCCAAAGCGUCCCACAUGCACCACACCAGGCAACUGUAACGUACUUCUAUACCGAAAUGUUACUAUUACUUGUGUGUGGUAGUUACCGAUCAUAAGAUCUUACGAAAAGGGUGCCAGGCAUAAUGGUCUGGGGGCCGCCGGCACCCUCCCCCGCAGUUCGUUCGAUACCAGUUGGUAAGCCACCUAUUCACCGCCUCUGACGAUAGCGUUGAGUUUAGCCGAAAUCUAGCUUAAACGUUAACAUACGGCGUUCUAGCGGCUAGCACGACACGGACUUGACCGAUACGGGCUAGCAGAGUCGGGAAGUAUGGACUGAUGGGGCAGUUUCUUUUUAAAAAAACAUUUCUAAUUUACCAUUCGACAUAAAAACAAUUCUUCUAAUUUAACGAUCAACUCACAAUUGCGACUAAAAAAGUUAGCAGUGUGUUUUUUGCUUUUUAUCUAACUUACAAAAAUCUAAAAAUGUAUCUUUACUGAGGGUGGGGAAGGGUAUUUUCGUGAGCCGUGAAUGGUGAAUAUUUGUUCGCGUGAAAUAUGAAAUGCUUGAUUUUAGUGUUGAGAAAUGUGAUGUGUUCUACAACCGUGAGGCGUGAUUGUUGAUAAAAAUGCCCCGUGAAAUGAGAAUUAAAGAUGCCUGUUUCGUGAACUGUGAUUAUUAUAGAGAUUAUUAUAGCAAACAUAAUACGCGAUAAUCAAAUUUAUAUGAUCUCACUCGAUUGCACAAGAGUAAAAACUUCGGAAGCCUUUCGCGAGGUUCCUGACGCUGAGGACAAGGUUCCUGACGCUGAGAACAAGGUUCCUGACGCUGAGGACAAGGUUCUUGCCGGUGAGGACAAGGUUCCUGACGCUGAGAACAAGGUUCCUGCCGGUGAGGACAAGGUUCCUGCCGGUGAGGACAAGGUUCUUGCCGGUGAGGACAAGGUUCCUGGCGGUGAGGACAAGGUUCCUGGCAGUGAGGACAAGGUUCCUGCCUGUGAGGACAAGGUUCCUGCCUGUUAGGACAAGGUUCCUACCGGUGAGGACAAGGUUCCUGGCGGCGAGGACAAGGUUCUUGGCGGUGAGUACAAGGUUCCUGGCGGUGAGGACAAUGUUCCUGCCGGUGAGGACAAGGUUCCUGCCGGUGAGGAAAAGGUUCCUGCCGGUGAGGACAAGGUUCCUGCCUGUGAGGACAAGGUUCCUGCCUGUUAGGACAAGGUUUCUGCCGGUGAGGACAAGGUUCCUGCCGGUGAGGACUAGGUUCCUGCCUGUUAGGACAAGGUUUCUACCGGUGAGGAUAAGGUUUCUGCCGGUGAGGACAAGGUUCCUGGCGGUGAGGACAAGGUUCCUGCCUGUUAGGACAAGGUUUCUACCGGUGAGGACAAGGUUCCUGGCGGUGAAGACAAGGUUCCUGGCGGUGAGGACAAGGUUCCUGGCGGUGAGGACAAGGUUCCUGGCAGUGAGGACAAGGUUCCUGCCUGUGAGGACAAGGUUCCUACCCAUGAGGACAAGGAUCCUGGCGGUGAGGACAAGGUUCCUGGCGGCGGAGGGACAAGGUUCUUGGCGGUGGAGGACACCCUGGCGGUGAGGACAAGGUUCCUGCCUGUUAGGUCAAGGUUCCCACUGGUGGAGGACAAGGUUCUGGCGGUGAGGGACACCCUGGCGGUGAGGGACAAGGUUCCUGGUGGUGAGGGACAAGGUUCUAUGGUGGACAAGGUUCCUGGCGGUGAGGACAAGGUUCCUGGCGGUGAGGACAAGGUUCCUGGCGGUGAGGACAAGGUUCCUGGGGGUGAGGACAAGGUUCUUGGCGGUGAGGACAAGGUCCCUGGCGGUGAGGAGAAUGUUGGUGGCGUUGGGGACAAGGUCCUGGCGCUGAGGACACGCACUCAAACUUGCAAGUUAUGAUGUAGUUUUUAACUGACAGGUAAAGAAAUGAAACCAAGCUUACCAAGCUUAUCAAGCUUGGAAGAGUUUGGGUAAUUGUCGAGCUACCUCGUCCCCAGGCGCUAUAAAAUAAUGUGGCCCACAAGUGUCACAACGAAAGUAACUGAGCCACGGCAAGUUAAAUUUAAGACCAAUUAACUGCAACGGCAACUGACAAAAAUAAACUCACGGGAAAAUAAAGUUAACUCACGGCCAAUCUCUUUCCUACGGUGGCCCACAAGGGACACGACGUCACAACUUUAAAAGCACGCAUUAUCUUCAUAGAAAUAGCCCUGCUCCCCAUAGAAGUUAGCCUGCUCCGUAGAAGUUAGCCCUGCUCCGUAGAAGUAUAGCCCUGCUCCGCAGAACUAUAGCCCACUGACUAUAGCCUGCACCGUAGAAGUAGCCCUCCAUGACCCGCGAACAGGCAUUUGACGUUAUUUCAAAAUUUCCUUCCCUUGCUUACCCCUAGCCUCCUUGGCAGGCAUCUCACCCAACGAAUCGGGUGGUGGGAAUUUUAUUUUCAAGCCCAUUCGCAGGCUAGAACCCAUAGAGAGGCCUGCGGAGGAGGCUAGCUUACCCCUCUUUGUAGUAAAAUAUCCACAAUCUCUGUGCUUAGAAACAUGGCGGUCGGUUGACAGCAAAUAAACAAAUAUAAAUACUCAAGUUUUCUGAAUGAAAUGUCCGACUCCGAGGAUGAAGCAACGACUGAACACCAAUUAAAGUUUGUUUUAGUUGGAGAUGGCACGGCAGGAAAGGUAGAAAUGUUGUUAAUACGCAUUUGAAAUUUUUGCCCUGAUUUUCAAUUUUUAAUGUUUCAUUUUUAUAUGGCUGCAAAUACUGUCACUAUAAAACGUUAUAUAAAUUGUUUUGUCGUCAAUACAUUAUCAUUUUUAAAUAUUUUGUGUACUGACAUUAAUAGUUUUUAUAAAAUCAUUCUGCUUUCAUAUUAAAGAUACACAUCACUGAAUUUAAAGGAUGUCCGACAUAAACAAUAUUACACUAUAUGACUAUAAAACAAAACUCUAAACAGUCUUGUAGUACUCUAGUAUUGAUAUGAGUAAUAAACAUAUAAGGUAGUAUUUCAAAAUCCCUGGUGACUAUUUGACUGGCUGCAGGUCACAUUUCAAAAUGUACUCAAUGACCAUCAGUCUGGCAUUUGCAAUUUUGCAUUUAACAUUAAAUUUUAAAAAUAAGCCGAUACAAAUCUGUCCUAACCCCUAAAGCUCAGAGCGAGUUACAACUACCUGGAAAAAAUAUAAAUAAACAAGUUUCAAGUGAAAUUGCUACGGCAAAUAAACAAUAUCCCAAAGCAGUCUUGAACUCGAGACCUGAGACACAGCAGCUGGAUGCCUAACCUGCUGAGCUGAGGUCAAGCUUGCUGAAACUCUUCACAAAACCACAUUUCAUGUCACUCAUCAGGGUUUUCCCCAGAUUUUUUGCUGGAUCUGUUGUUCAGGCAUGGAUUUUCUGGGGGGGGGGGUGGGGGGGCGAAAUGAUUUGCACCAGAGGCAUUUGGCACCACCCCAAAAAGUUUUUGCACCCCUGCAAAUUAUAUAUAUAUUUUGAUUUGAUAGUUUCAUAUUUGAUUAUUCUUACUACUAAAUUUGUAAAAUUACCAAUAUUAUUGUCUCAGAUCUUGUCAUGCAGGCCUAGAAAACAAAUUUUGUUAAACUUUUCCUUGGCCUUUCUGGGCGUUGCCACCACCCCUGGCCAAAGCAAGCAGCAGAACCCCCCAGAUAUUUAUCCACCCUCCCCGAACAAAAAUAUGAAAAUCUGUUUUUGCUGUUGUUGCAGAGAAGAUUGAGUUUACCUAAACAGCUGGGGUCUGGGAUGGCUGUCCCCCGGGAUGGUGUGAAACCCAAAGGAAGAGGUGAAGGUCCAGGAAGCUUUACAAAUAUAGCCUUUAAACUCCUAUGUUAUAGUGACUAUCAAUCAUUUAGUAUUUCAUGAAACGUGACAGGCUGAAAGCUCAUUUUGUAAUUCCUGGAAUGGGUGCUGACUGUAUUUAAAUUAAUAUUUAUUUUUAGACAUCAAUAGCAGUUAGAUACACUUCAGAAAACUUUGAGCAAACAUAUAAACAGACAAUAGGACUGGAUUUCUUUUUAAAAAGGAUUGUUUUAACAGGUGGGAUUUUUCACUUUGGCGACAGAGCCUCGUUUUUGUGACAUUAUUUAUCUGGUAUAAAAAAUGAAGACUAGUUCUAAUUUUUCAAGUUAACAUUCUUUGUGGUAGGCAAUAUAAAUGUCUCCAUACAGCUAUGGGAUAUUGGUGGACAGACUAUUGGUGGCAAAAUGAUCGAGACUUACCUCUCAGGAGCACAGGUGAUUAAUUAAGACCAGUUCACAUGUCUCAUCUGCAUUACAGAAUUAGUUUCACACUCCAGUUUUGCCCUAAUUCUAAAGACUGUUACGACUUGAGAUUUCCCUCCUGACAGUGUUAAUGUGACACCUAAGUUAUACAUUUGCCCUAGCAAAAUCCAUUUAGGGGAGAGGUCAGUGGCAGGGCGCAAAGCGCUGCUGAACAAAGCUGCAACAGGUGUCUUUUUUCUUGCGUACAAAUCCGUCCAGGGUUUAGAUAAUACUGUGUGCACCAAAUUUACAGUUAUCAGAUGUAAAUCUUUGACUGUAUCUUUGUUCACAGGCUGUGCUGUUUGUUUAUGACAUAACAAAUCAAAGUACAUUUGAUAACCUGGAAGACUGGUGGGAAACGGUCAAAAGUAGUUUAAAAGGGAAAGAUUCCAGUUCAACGCCGUGUUUUGCACUCGUUGCAAACAAAGGUUUGUAAAAUGAACUCUGUGGUUAGAGACAAUGAAUCUAUGACUUGCAUGUACAACAUUUAGUAAGCUUAUAUGCUAUCGCAGACAGUAUCCUCAUCUUCAUGGAUUUUCAUUGACUAAAUGGAACUUCAAUAUAGGUGACCUAGAACACAUGCGUGUUGUCAAGCAAGAAAGACAUGCAAAGUUUGCACAGGAUCACGGAAUGACCAGGUAAGUUGCGAUGUGAAAUAAAGUACAAUGUUGAAGUGUUCUACCAGAUAUGUUGGACUACCGCAGUACCAAAUCCAAGCCCAGUUCAAACUAGUAUAUGGUUGUCUCAAGCUUGUCUCCCCAGGGAACUUUUCGUUCUUAGUUUAUGUCUUAUUCUUUAAUUUGCAGCCAUUGUUUGUCAGCGAAAUCUGGAGAUCAGGUAUUAAAUACAAGCUAUAUUCUACGUAAACUGCACGGUCAAAUGUUUUAAAUGUUUAGUAUAAAGAUACAUGAUUAAAAAAUUUGUAGGUGAGACUUUGUUUUCAAAAAGUUGCCGCAGAUGUUUUGGGAAUCAGGUUGACAAAAAGCGAAAUGGACAAAACAACUGUAUCCUUUCAUGAAUCGAAAAUGUUUUGCAGGAUUGACUAUUGAGCUUACUCAGAGAAGUGCCUGGGAGAAGAUACUGGGGUUCGCGCUACUAAGCCCGUAUAAAAUAUGAUUCCUUGAUUCUCAUCCCAUAAGAGCCUUGUGAAUAUUUUUUAUAAUAUGUACAAAAAAAUAUAUAAAUGCACCGCUCGACAAAAUAUUUCAAGACAGUUAAGCUUUCUAUAUUUUAUGUUGGGUUAGUUACUAGCCUUCGCCUUGUUUUAAAUCUUUUUAAGGUAGUUGAUACACAACUGCUUCCCUUGGCCGACAUGUGAGAUAUUAAUUGGCCUGAGCUUUGCUAUUGAAAUCCUUAACAAUAUUCCAGCAAGUACUAAAAGCUGGUGUCGUUCAAUAUGCGAACAACGAGAUUCCAGCAAGACCUGCGACGCAACAAAAGAGUUCGUUUUGCACCUUACAGUAACUGUACAAUAAAGUAGAUCGUAUUUAUAUCAAAAUAUUUGUGAAAAGAACGGAGCAACAUUCUUAAAAGGAUCAGUGUCGAGAUUAUUCAUUCCGCGCUUGUGUUAAUGGGCCGGAUUUAGGACCUCUGGUUUACCCAGGGACAGAGCAUUAUAAAAAUGAUCGUGGGGCUGGGAAAUUAAAUGAAAAAAAUGCAUACAGCCAAUGGUGGCAGUAAAAAAUACAUCACAACACGAAAAAGUGCACACCAAGCAAACAGUAAUAAUCCAUACAUGGCACAAACUCCCCCCCCACACCCAAUUUUCUAAUGGUCCGUCCCACGAACUAUCGUCAUAACAACAGCUACUAGUUGUCCAUAAUAGAGGUUUAGUGACACAUGCCAAGGCACUUUUCGACAGGAUAACCAAACUAAUACCCAAAAUAAUUCAAUGUAAAUUAUCUUAAAAUCUAAAUUAAUAAAUUCUAUAAAAUUUUAUGUUGUCCAUUUGUUCAGAUCAUGUCUUAUAGCGUAGUAAAAACCCAAAUGUACAAAAGACUAAAGCCUUGAGAAAACUAUAGAAAAUGUUGCGGAAAUAUUUGGAAAUUUCCAUGAACGUUUCGCGUUCGCGCACCCUUGAAAACACUGUUGCACGAGUAAACAAAAUUUGCUUCUAGGAAGCAACAAUGUUGCCAAUAAAUCUGGAAUAAUUUUGUUUCGCAAAUGCGAAUUCAAAAACGUUGACUUUCAAUUUGUAUGCAUGGACAUGAAUGAGAAAUUUACUUACCAGCUGGAGUACCUAAGUCACUCAACCAGGGAUGGAUCCAGCAUGGUCUGGUAGGGGGGGGGGGGGUGCUCCGCCAAAAAAUUUUUCGGAAAGCAACAAUCUCCCCCCACCCCCAUCGGCAACUUUUUAGGGAAAAUUUUUUUCCGGACGAGUACGUUGCAAUUGCUUUCCAAUGACUUUACACAUCCAUCAACUUGCUUAACCACUGCAAAGUCUAGCUACAGUAUUUGAAUUGUAAUUGUUGUUCACAGUUCGCUUAUCAUCAUGUUAUUACUCAAAUUACUGAAUCUCAUUUUGUCUCUGAUAAUUUUUUGCUUUAUCAUGAAAAAUAGCACCCCCCUGCACCCCUCCUGGCCAGGGCUAGGGGGUGUGUGCACCCCCCCACCCCCCAGUAAAUCCAUCCCUGCACUCGACAUGCGCACUUUCCGACAAUUUGUUUGCCAGUUCGCCCUAUGCCCAAAGGCCAUUUUGCUGCAACUUGUUAACUUAGCAGGAUGGGAAACGUGGCUACGAAACAAUAUUUCCGCAACAUUAUGCAUUCCCUAUUUUUCAAGAUGUGGACAUGCAAUGUUUGCGCGGAGUUGUACUUCUUAACUGUUUUCGCUUGGCGAGUAACAUCUCGUUGGUUUGACUGUACGCUUUGAUCUCUUAGAUAGCUUAAUAUCUGAGUCCGUGCUCUCACUUGUUCGUCUUGCUGCGCGUUUCUCUGCUUUCUCGUUCCGUCUUUCCUCUUUGGAUCUCGAGGUUCUUACUUCGUGGGUUUUCUCUUGGGAAUAUCGCGUACGUCGCAACUUUCUUGACGAAUCACCGCCUUCCUCGCCCUUCUGUAUAUUCCCUUGGCUGUGGUCAUCUUUCUCAUCCGGCCUAGUUUGGUCUUUCGAAGCGACUCUUGCAGAGCGGCGCUGUGGCUGUGCUUCUUUUUGUUCCUCGGUAGGUGUCGUGGUGUCAUUAGAGCUCUCGCUUUCUUGUUCAUUUGAGAACCGACGAGAACGCCUUC